CGUCAGAUCCUGUCACAAGGUGAACAUAGAUGCUUCAAAGACAGCUUUCUCUCUCCUGUCGUUACUAGUUAGUAAAAUUAGCCAAACUCUCAUCGUUAUCGGACAACUUAAGAUGGGUAGUUGAUACAAUGAUUAGAUUAAUACUAAAUGUCUCCAUUUGUGAAGAAUUGAGAAUGGAUCAUCUGUAUAAACUGCCAACGUUUGCUCCUGGUCGUAGGUUUGCUAGCUAACGUCGUUAGCUAUAUUUGUAGCCAGAGCACUCUCUUCUUGUAGCUAGCUAGUUUAGCUGGCUAACUCUGCUCGGCCAGCUACGGGCGAACAACAACUAGCUAAUCCAGCCACUUGUCAGCACAGUUCAUUGUAACUAACUACGUAAGUCUGACAGUUAACGUUAGCUAAAGAGAAUGGCGUCGUCAUUUGUGAUUGGAAACACAUUUCGAAAGAGGGUAAGAGACUUGCUGGAGAAGGAUGAGGCUUCAGUUCCAACAGAACUACAGAACGAAUUGGAAGAUAUUCUUCAACAGGAACAACCAUCAACUCUGUCUUUCAGAACUGCAAGAAAACUUCAUAAAUGUCUGCUAGACAAUGGUCAUCCCUUCUACCUUAAUGAGGUGUUGGAGGACAGCUCAUUGCACCUGCCUAAGGUUGAAACGCCCCCCAGAAACCCUGUGCUCGUGGCUCGUCUGGAGAGAAUCAGAGCCAAGUUGGCCAAUGAAGAAUACAACAGGAUCACACGGAAUGUAAACACUCAGCAGAUGAAUCGUCGUGAGACAUUGGCGGACUUUGGGAGAGAAGUGCGCUCAGCCAAAGCUGCUGUUGUGACGGUCUUAAACUUCCUAGUGACAGUGGUGGCGACGUUCGCCUGCUCCUAUCUCGGCAGUCAAUACCUCUUCACAGAGACAGCGGCGAGGGUGAUAUCUGCAGUGAUUGCUGCAUCUGUAGUCGGCCUGGCAGAGCUGUAUGUUCUGGUACGGACCAUGGAGGGAGAGCUAGGAGAACCAUAGCGCCAGUCAGUGUUCUUAUCAACAAAACACAUUGCUGGA